GGGAGCAUCAGUGGUAGCAGCAGCGGCACCAGCAGCAACACACCAGCACCUCCUCCUGGUUCUCCUCCUGCUGGUGUGUACCGAUGCCGCAGUAGCGACUACCUCUCUGCCCCGUAUAGAUUUUCAAUUAGUCCGCGCGGAACGUGGAAAAUAAUGUGCCGCUCCGACACCUGCUGACCAUCCCCGAAGGUCGCUCGCGUCCCGGGUCCCGGUCGACGUGUCUAUCGCGCGUCGUUCCCCGUUCGUCGUCGUCGUCGUCGUCGCGUACCAUCGUCGUGACCUGGUGGAUGGACAAAUUGGAGAGGGUGCGGGAUCGAUUUCCUCCGUCUCGUGUGCGUGUGCAGUGUUGAAAAAGGACAGAGAAUGGGCGAACAGUGACAAGAUCUUCGAACGAUCCACACGGGUCCAUGGGAUCGUCAGAGAGGAUGCCGUUCCCGGUGAAUCGCAGGACCCCGUUGUCCAGUAUCAUCGCGAUCUCUGCGUUCAUGCUGCAUUCAGGUAUUGUGGCCCUUCGAAUGACAGCCCUGCAAAUACCGCAACACGUUGUUCUGAACGAGACGGUCCGUAUGCAGUGCAACUUCAAUUUGGAUAAAGAACUAUUGUACUCUGUGAAAUGGUAUAAAGACGGCCACGAAUUUUAUCGUUACGUGCCGAGGGAUGUGCCAAUGGUUCAAACCUUUCGCGUUCCUGGUGUUGAUGUGAACACGCAUAAUUCCACGGAAAGAUCGGUGGUUUUGAACAAUGUGAAUCUUACUAGCUCAGGAAGGUAUCGAUGCGAGGUGUCUGCCGAGGCUCCAGCCUUUCAGACCGUGUCUGACCAUGCAGACAUGACGGUAGUAGGUAAGGAAACGUAUUUUUACGAUUCCAUCCGUUUCACCGUCACGAAAAUAAUCGACGAUAUAUUUCAGGCCGAUAAUCAGUACCUGAAGGGACCACACAUUACCGCUGUGGACGAGAAGGGAUUGGAAACCGCGGUAUUAGGCUUGGAGUUUCGCGUCGCCAACAAACAUUUCAAGCGUGGCGACAUGAAGCUGAAGUGCUUGGCGACAAUAGCGACCGUCUAUCUGCAGAGCAAUGAGGAGAGCGUGGAAGGAGACGAAAGGAUCCUGAAAGCUCCUGUGAUGGAGAGCCGCGAGACCAGGGCACAGAGCCACACUCGGAACGAUUUAAUCAAUGGAAGUCAAACAACCACGAUAUUCAACCGGAUGAUCGUUUUUCUGAUCAUAGGAAUCAUCCUAGCGCGAUAAUAA